AUGUCUCGUUUACAUUUGGAUGAAGGCAUUCACCAAAUCAAUUGUAUAGGCCUUCGCGAAACGAUGACGACGCCCAUGGUAUUACACGCGACUUGUGACUACGUUGUGGAGGAGCGCAUGUCCAACUACUGGGCGAAUUUCAUCCGGACCGGUAAUCCUAACGGUGAUGAACUGCCUGAGUUCCCUCCUAGCACGAAGGAGAAGAAGCAGACCAUGUGGCUGGGAAUUUCUUGGGGGUCGGGUUCGCUUUCUGCUGAUGACUCGCGGGUUCAGUUUGUGGAGGGCUGGUUGGCUACGAUGCCUGAGUGGUAG